AUGAUCGUCCUCUCCCUCCGCCUCUGUCUCUGCUUACCACCGCUGGGUAUCACAUUUCCAGUUGGUUCUCGUGUAGUUGGAGCUUUCAUUAUGCCGUGUGGAACCUGUUCUUAUUGUGCCAAGGGCCAUGAUGAUCUAUGUGAAGACUUCUUUGCUUAUAACAGAGCCAAAUGA